UCAGGGCGAGAGCGCGGAGACAGACACCCACCUAGAAAAUAAUGAACAACAAAUUUGACGCCCUUAAAGAUGACGACAGCGGCGACCACGACCAAGACAACGGCUCACCGAAAGACAGUGAAAAGGAAAAAAGUGAAGAUGAGGAAAAGGAUCAAAACACUACCAAGAAAAAGACGGUGGUCCCGGGAGCAGGGGAACAUCCUCUGCAGUAUAACUAUACCUUCUGGUACUCUCGACGGACCCCUGGUAGACCAGCCAGCUCCCAGAGCUACGAGCAGAACAUCAGGCAGAUCGGGAGCUUUGCAUCGGUGGAGCAGUUCUGGCGUUUCUAUAGUCACAUGAUCCGACCGGGCGACCUGACUGGUCACAGUGAUUUCCAUCUCUUUAAGGAAGGCAUCAAACCCAUGUGGGAGGAUGAUGCGAAUAAGAGUGGAGGGAAAUGGAUAAUCCGUCUGAGGAAGGGCUUGGCGUCUCGCUGUUGGGAGAACCUGAUUCUGGCCAUGCUGGGGGAGCAGUUCAUGGUCGGAGAAGAGAUCUGUGGAGCCGUGGUGUCUGUACGCUUCCAGGAGGACAUUAUUUCCAUCUGGAAUAAAACUGCCAGUGAUCAGGCGACCACUGCCCGAAUCAGAGACACUUUACGCCGGGUCCUCAACCUGCCCCCAAACACUAUCAUGGAGUACAAGACACACACGGACAGCAUCAAGGCAUGGGAAGAUUUCCAUGGCUUGGUUAACGCUAGCGGCAGUCGCUAGUCCAGUAAGACCACGACUCUCUGCCAAGGAUCAUGAAUGCUUUUCUUAUGGACGAAGAGAAGAAGCUUUUUAUCUAUUAGCAGUGUUUGACAAAGUAAAGGACUUGCGCGCGUGACUUUUCUGUUCGAAAGGCUCUGAGAAUAUUUUUUCUAAAAUGAUCUGAUCGUCUCUGAUGCCACCUGAACAGCCCUGGGGGAGGAAGAGGAUGAGGAAGAAGAAGCCAAGUUGUCUUUCUUUUCUGAAGAAUGUUUUGAAAAAUCAUCCAGUCAGCCAGCGGACUUGGAACCCUGUGUCUCAGCUCCGGAGCCCUGCAAGCUCUUUUUGCUGCCAGCAGGGGGGGUUAUGGUGAGACAAUGGCACACAACUGUUGCGACAUGGGCAAAAUGAAACAAAACUAUAAACCAAGUAGAUAUGAUGUGUUACAGUCAAGUCCUUGUGCAUAUGCAUUUAAAUCCACUUUUCCUCACAAAGUACAGCUCACCUGUAGAAACACUGAACAAUUUUAUUGAGACAGGGUUGCAGGUUUCCAGUUAUUUUACUACAGUGCAGUAUUUUAAAUACAGUGUUAAAAGAAUUGUUUUAACUAGAACUAUUGUACAAAAAGCUAUAUUUCUAGACACGUUAUUGUAAAAGAUCUAUUCUUGAUUCUUUUUUUUUUUCUUUUUUUUCUUUUUCUUUUUUUGAGCUGAGCGAUUUGAAUUCC